AUGUCCAGCCCGGCUAAAAAGCGCAAGCGCAAUGGAGAUUCAUCGCAGACGCGCAGUAUUGAGUCCUUCUUCAGGGGUCAAACGACCCGACAGACCGCCGAGACCGACGUCACCGAGCAGACCCUCUCGGAUGAAGCUCUUGCGCGCAAGCUCCAGGCCGAGUGGGAUCAAGAAGCCAAUGCCCAUGCUUCAAGCUCAGAAAAUCCACAGCCAACGAUAGCGACUCCCAACACGGAUGUAUCUACGUCAGCACUUCCAAUACCGCCAGAACCAACUCCAGUGGCGCCGGUGACGCCGAAGAAGAACACACUAUCUUUGCAAUCCUCUGCAGGCACAGAGGAUACAAUAUCGCAAACUGUUCCCUUUGAUCAAAGCCCCCAGACCUUUGACGCGGGUAAAUUUGUAGCAGAGCUGCGGUCGCAUUGGGCCACCGAGGGCGGCGAUGCUUCCUACGCCUUGCUGACGAGGGCCUUUGUGCUUGCCAACGCCACCACCAGUCGAAUCAGGAUUGUCGAUACGCUGGUAAAUUUCCUUCGGGUUCUGAUAGAGGGGGACCCGUCGAGCCUCCUUCCAGCGGUGUGGCUGGCAACCAACUCCAUUUCUCCGCCAUACGAUGAGUUGGAACUAGGCUUGGGAGGCUCCGCUAUCUCUAAGGCCCUGAAAAAGAUCUACGGCCUUGACAAUCAAGGGCUCAAAACCCUGUAUGACAGACAUGGAGAUGCAGGUGAUGUCGCCUUCGAAGCUAAAAAACGCCAGGCCUUCACUCUGGUCAAGCCGAAGCCGCUCAAGAUAAAAGGAGUGUAUCAAUCACUAAUGAAGAUUGCCAUGAGUAAAGGCUCGGGGAGUCAGGAGAACAAACAACGCAUCGUCGAGAAGCUGUUACAGGAUACGCGGGGCGCCGAGGAGAGCCGAUAUAUUGUUCGAACUCUGGUCCAGAAUCUGCGGAUUGGCGCUGUCAAAACAACCAUGCUUAUCGCUCUUGCGCGAGCCUUCCUCUACUCCAAACCUCCGGAUGCUGAGUUUGCGAUUCAGCCACACCCCGCCCUAGCGCGUCUGAAAAAGGAUGAGCUAGCCGAACUCUAUAGCAAUGCGGAGGAGAUAAUGAAGGCGUCUUAUGCCAGACACCCAAAUUACAACGAUCUGGUACCAUGCUUACUAGAGAUCGGGGUCACGGAAGAGCUUUUAGUGCGGUGUGGCCUGGCGCUGCACAUUCCAUUGAGGCCGAUGUUGGGCAGCAUUACCCGCGACCUUUCGGAGAUGCUCACGAAGCUUCAAGGCAGGCAUUUCAGCUGCGAGUACAAGUAUGACGGGCAACGGGCGCAGGUCCACUGCGACGACCAAGGGAAGGUAUCCAUCUUCUCCCGCCACCUCGAACUCAUGACCGAGAAGUACCCAGAUCUUGUGUCUCUGGUGCCUCAAAUCCGGGGAGAGAGCGUCUCUAGCUUUAUCUUGGAGGGGGAGGUGGUUGCCGUGGAUCAUGAGACAGGCGAUCUUCAGCCAUUCCAGGUUCUCACCAACCGGGCAAAGAAGAAUGUCGACAUCGGUGCCAUCACAGUCAAUGUGUGUCUGUUUGCAUUUGACCUGAUGUACCUCAACGGCGAGUCACUGCUGGACCGGCCGUUUCGCGAACGGCGCGAACUUCUCCGCAGCCUCUUUGUCGAGAUUCCCAACCGAUUCACGUGGGUCAAGAGUCUUGAUGCGACAUCUGCAGAUUCCGAGACAGUACUCGAGUUCUUCAAGGGCGCGACAGAUGCCAAGUGCGAAGGAAUCAUGGUCAAGGUCCUCGACAAUGCAUCGAGGCCCAAUGCCAACCCAAUUCCUGCUGACGCUGAUACCACCGAACAAGUCAUUCCAGUCGAGCCAUCUUCAGACCCCAAGGACAACACCGCGCCCAAAGAGAAGGAAAAGGGCGGCCGACGCAAGGCACUCCUCUCGACCUACGAACCCGACAAGCGACUUGAGUCCUGGUUGAAAGUGAAGAAAGACUACAGCACAUCAUCCGAGACACUAGACCUCAUCCCGGUGGCAGGCUGGCACGGCAACGGGCGCAAAGCGAAAUGGUGGUCCCCGAUCCUGCUGGCCGUGCGCAAUCCCGAAACAGGGGCGUUGGAAGCCGUGACAAAGUGCAUGUCAGGGUUUACAGACAAGUUCUACCAAGCCAACCGGGACAAAUACACCGAGGGCAGCGCGAACGUCAUCGCGCGGCCCAGCUACGUCGAGUACUAUGGAGCACCGGACGUAUGGUUCGAGCCGCAGGAAGUGUGGGAGAUGGCCUUUGCAGACAUCACACUAAGCCCGACAUACCCCGCUGCCAUUGGGUUGGUCAGCGAAGAGCGGGGCCUGAGUCUGCGGUUUCCGCGGUUUCUUAAAGUCCGCGAGGACAAGUCGAUCGACGAGGCAAGCUCAUCAGAUUACCUUGCACUGUUAUGGGAAAAGCAGGGUGAGCGAGCAAAAGUAGAGGAGGGCCCAGGGAAACAGGAACAGCUGGGCUGGCAGGAGGAGUGA